GAUCUUUUCACUUCGGCUCUCUUCGGCCCUCAUCCCGUCAUUAUUUUGACUCGCGCUCGCGCAUUAUAUCACCGCGCACACUCGGCCCUUCUCCGCACCAUCGGCCCAAACUCGCUCGUUGGGUACACACGCAUUUCUCUGCCUCUUCCUGUUCUUCUUCUUCUGCUUCUCUCUCUCUCUCUCUCUCUCUCUCUCUCUCUCUCUCUCUCUCGCUCUAUCUUGGCUCGCUCGUCGCCGCGGCGUUGUCCUCCUCCUCCUCCUCCUCCUCUUCUUCUGCACACGCAUCUUAUCCUCGGCGAUCUCGGUACACAUCGCGCGCGAGCCAGUACUCGGCUUCGCAUUUUGGCGAACGCCACGCGCGGACCUUUUGCGCUCAAAAGGCUCGAUAUUCUUUCGAUCAACUCGUCUUGCUGCUCGAGUGAGUGUUCCCUCUCUCUAUAAUCGAGGGUAAAUAGUGCGCUUCUAUAUUCGCGCCAAGCGUGGCCCCGUUUCUCGCGUUUGUGCGUUUAUAUUUACGUGUGUGCAGUGUUCGCUGGAAUGUACUGGACUGCUUCUGACGCUGGAUCGAUAGCACUCGAUGAGAUAUUUUCUCGAAACAUCGCCAGGAGGGAAGGAUGAAGGAUGCCCCGCUUUGGCGGAGACGGAGGUGGCGGCGGAGAAAGUGCAUCGGGGGAGUCUCAGAGCAACAGCAAUGCGCAGACAUCAGCUGGAUGGCUCGGAGGUGCCACCAGAACUGUGACCGGAAGCGCUACCGGGGCGAACUACGUGGUACUGGGUGGUACUCGCUAUGGACUCAGACUGUCGCAGGACAGCCUGCCGCCAGCGAGUUCCCGGGAGGAGUCCCUGGAGCGCGUCCGGAAGCGGAACUCCCACGAGAGCGAGUCCCGCGAGCGUCUGACCGAUGCGAAGCCGGGCUUCGACCUGGUGGCCAGCGACUGCUGCUGCAUCGGGCCUCGCGUCCGCCUCCUGCCCCUGGGCUCGCGCAUCCCGCUCUCCUGGACCAACAGCAGCAGCGGCAGUGGCGGCGCUCGUCAACAUCAUCUGGCCUCCUCCGCUUCUUCUACUCCGCAGCAGCAGCAGCAGCCGCCAAACUCGACGUCUAAUAAUAGCGGUCGGUGCUGGCCGCAGAGCGAGCAGCUCGUCGGCGGCGGCAGUCGGCGCAACAACGGCAAUCCGAAUUCGUCGUCGCCGGCCUCCUCCUCUUACUCGACGUCCUCCUCCUCCUCCUCUUCCUCCUCCUCGGCGUCUUUGCCAGCGGAACAGCCGAACGCCGCCAGUGCCGUUGUGCCGUCCGUGCCGCGACAGCUCGCCCAGUGGACCAAGCACCAGAGCCUCAGGCUACAGGAGCCAGCAGUGACAGCUGUGGACCGGCUGCAGAGAUUCCGAUGGAGCGGGGGCGGCGGCGGCGCAAGCGGCAAGAAGUCCUCGUCGCGCAGCAGCGACAAGGCCGAGCGGCUGCGCGAACUUACGGAAAAGCUCAAGGGCCCGGCGCCAGUACCGCCGCCCAGGCGACCCUCGAGAUUGCACGCAUCGUCGCCUCCGCCGCAGAUUUCUCAGGAUGAUGUCAACCAGAGCACGGCGGCGAGCAACCAGGCGUCGCCGUUCAGUCAGCAGCCGCUCAACCGUCGGGACGACGGCCGAGUCUCCUGCCGGAGCUUCACCUUCAGCGAGGGCAGCAGCAACCACCCGAACGUGCCAACCCUGGCCUCGGGCUCCAGUUCUCCAGCGCCGUCGUCGCCCCGCAACCAUAAUUCGCGUCAGCUGAACCGCAGUGAGAGUGUCGGUGAGGAGUACUACGGCGACCCGUUGAGCGCCGAUAACAAAGAGCCGAUUAACAGCAACGACGAUAACGACGCGAGUGUUAGUGCUGGUGUUGGUGCAGGUGCGCGACACAGUCGGCAGUACAGUGACUCGAUACUGCAUCAGGACAAUGCGAUCGACAGCUACGUCGAGAGCGCGAAUCAGGCGGCCGUGUGCUGCGAGAACGAGGCCAGGGAUGCUCUGGCUGGACUAAUGGAACCCAGGCCGCCCAGCUCGACUGGACUGUACCCGGGACAGAGGCAGGGUCAGCCGUUCAGAAGCGCGUCUUUCGGUCAGGCGGACUGCAAUUAUGGCAGCACUAGCAGCAGUGGCGGCAGGCCGUCCUCGUCGCUUGCGAAUUCCAGACGAGCCGCCUUCGCGGCAGCCUCGGCCGUUGAGAAGGAAGUGCGCGCCAGCACGUUGCCUCGCGUCCGUCGUCUCGACGACUCGUCCUCGCCCACUCCGUCCAUCGCCACAACCACCAUCGACGACACGUUAGCGGCCGCUCCGGUGGAGGAAGGAGCCUCGGCAGUCGCCGCACCGGCGCCACCGAGUCCGCGAGCCUCUUCGCCCAGCCUCACCGACAGCGCCGUCGGAUCCUCGGCCGAGGGACUCAUCGGACAGGGCUCCAACCCUGCCUCCGAAGUCCUGGGCGACGAGGCCUUUAGGCCCAGGAGCGAUGGCUCGGACAGCCUCGUCACGUCCAGCGCCAUAGCCAGUCCCGAGCCGAGCGAGAAGCGGAACAGCGAGGCUGCGAACGAGGAUCAAGCUCCAGGACACUCCGAGAAUGCGGAGGGGGCAGCCGAGGCUGCUGCGGUCAAGGAGAGCGUGAUCAAAGAAUGCCGCAUCGAGCCCCACGAGGUGAUAAUCACUCCACCGCUGGAAGAGCUCCUGGAGCAACAGCCAACGGCGAACCUUCAACAGCAGCAGCAACAGCAACAGCAGCAACAGUCGAACUGCCUGCGGCUGAGCGCGGCCAGCGAGGCCAGCGAGGCGCCAAGCGAGGCCAGCUACGCGAGCGAGGCCUCGACUAUCGCAGCUGCGGCCGCGGCAGCCGCAACGCCGGCCGGCAAGCUCCGGCGCUAUCGGGGCGACACGAGCAAACGGCGCAAGGGCGUCUAUAUAACCCAGUGGCCCGAGCCCGCGAGCGACGAGCUGCGCAGCAAGCUCUCCGGGCAGAGCAGCGAGGAGAGGGACGAGCCGCCGCCAUCCGCCACGCCGAGUGAUCUCUCCGACUGCGAGGGACAGGCGGGUCCCAGAAGGUACAGCAAGCGACCGCUGCGCGGUCCCUACGGCCAGAUGCUCGAGGCUGAGAUGGCGAAGCAGCCGCGACAGGCCACGGACCUCGUCGGCCUCGUUGCGGACGACGGGCUGCGCCAACGCCGCAAGGUCUCGGCGAACCUGUCCUUCAACGCGAGCAGCAGCAGCGGCGCCAGCGCCGAGGCCGCUGGACCGCCGACGCCCUGCCAUCAUCGCACCACAUCCAGCCCAAGCAAGCUCGAGGGUCUGCCCGGACCUAGUCCUGAACUUUUGGCCGAGCUGCUGCGCGGAUCAUCCGAGAGAGUCGCUCGGGCACCUGUGCAUCGAAACGAUACGCGCACUCAUGUUGUCGUCGAGUUAUAUGACACCGAACGUUCCUACGUCGAGGCCUUGCAAAUACUAGUCAAUAAAUACCUGCAUACCCUCAAGAGCCCGGAAAAUGCGCAUCUGGUGGACGCAGCCAUCGUCGAUGAGAUAUUCUAUCAGGUCCCUGCGAUCCUCAGUCACCAUGAGGUAUUUCUGGAGGAAUUACGCAAGCGCCUGGAGACCUGGGAGCUGCGGCAAACAAUCGGCGACGUCUUCCUCGAGGUGUUCACCAAGCCAGUGGUACUCGAGACGUACACGCUGUUCCUCGACAACUGGAAGUCCGCGAAGAAGGCCAUCAAAACGACGUGCCAGGCCAAGCCGGCUUUCGCUCGAUUCCUCGAGACGAUGGAGCGCGAGCACAAGGGCAAACUUGGCCUGGACCAGCUGCUGAUCAAACCUGUGCAGAAGAUUCCGCGGUACGAGCUACUGAUUCAGCGGCUGCUCAAGCAUACGGACACCUCGCAUCCGGACUAUCAGCUUCUCACCGCCGCCCUCAAGGAAGUUCACGAGCUCGUCGUCAAGAUCAAUUGCACCGAGAGGGAGUCCCUCGAGUGGGAGCAACAACAGACUACCCUAAAGGAGGUCCAGUCGCUGGUCGAAGGACUCGCCGGUAUCGUCACUAACGACAGGGCUUUCAUCCGACACGAUUUGGUGAGCAUCGCCUCCAACCAAGGCACGCGGAAGGAGCGCGGGCUCUUUCUCUUCUCGGAUCUUCUUGUUAUCACCAGCAUUAAGCGGCGGAGCGGAACGAUUAGGAAACCAUCCACGAGCUCUUGUCCCAACAGUCUGGUUGGUCUGCUGGAGGCGAACAAGUACAAGAUGCUCAUGAGGAUUCCCCUCGACGACCUGGAAGUUAUGAAAGCCAAAGACGAGAACCUGAGACGGAUGGCUCGAGAGGUGGACCACCUCAGGGAGGACUGCGCGACGUUGGGACAGCUUCAGGAACUCGCGGCGACGUUGCACGGAGCCAAGCAGCAACUCGAGGAUCUCAUCAAGGAGAUGCUGGGACAGACGCAGAAGCAACUGGCUGAACGUAACGCAGCCCACUCGCAACUCGCCUGCCUCGAGCUCACGCUUAACACGCAAGCUGGCAUGGAGAAUAUUUCUGUGAUGUUCGCGAAGCCUGACAAACGAGCCAGUUGGGAGGAGAGUUUCAACGAGGCUAAACAGAAAUUAGCCGCUUCGACCGACCGAAGGCCAGUUCCGGAGUUCGUGGGCCCACUGCCGGUGCGUAAAACGAGAGCCGGUCUACAGUUCACCUGCGCAGCACCUACGUUAGCGAACGGUCAAGGCGCCCGCGAUGUCUGGGUCUGCAACAGCGACGGUUACGUUGGCCAAGUUUGCGUACUGAGCUUGAGCCCGGAACCACCUCAGGUUACCUCUUGCAAUGGCGUGUGCAACGCGAGGAUCCUCUGCGUUGCCGGCAUUCCUGCCUGCACUACUGUAUCAAAUUCCUGCGCACCUAUUAACUUUGUUAAUAAUAAAAGUGGUGUUGGUGUUUCUAUUCAAAAUACGGACACGAGUAGUGGAAAUAUUCAACUAGACAGCUCGAGUUCCGACGACUCGGACUCGGACGACAUUCCAUGCGCGGACACGGCAAGUGCCUCGAUCGGCGGUGACGCCUCGAGCCUCGAAGGCGGCAUCGUUGACGAGGACUCGAACCAGCCGACCAUGUGGCUUGGUACCGAGGACGGCUGCGUCCACGUCUUCAACUGCAGCGACAACAUCAGGAUCAAGAAGAACAAGGUCAAGAUACUGCAUAGCAGUAGCGUUCAUUGUAUUAUAUAUUUGGACAAUAAAGUAUUCUUAUCCUUGGCGAACGGCGAUAUUACCGUUUACUCGCGAGAUCAUCUGGGUGGCUGGAACACUGCUGAACCGACAAGUCUAUCAGUCGGUACGGUAGCUUCCCCGGUGACGAAGAUGCUACCGGUCUCGGGCAAGCUCUGGUGUGGCAGCCACAACAGCGUCAAGAUCCUGAACACGUACUCGCUGGAGAUCGAGCACACGUUCACGGUUAGCGCCGACAGCAACCGGCCGAUAUCCUGUAUGGCCAGCUCGGGUGGCCUCGGCGUCUGGAUAUCGCUGCACAACAGCGCCGUUCUCAAGCUCUUCCACGCUGGCACCUACGAGUGCCUCGCCGACGUCAACAUUGCCCCGGCCGUCACCAAUAUGCUUGCCACAGAUUGCGAUGACAUAAUUCGACAGCACAAGGCCGCCUGUCUGAGGGUGACCGCACUGUUGGCGUGUAACGAGCUUCUGUGGAUCGGUACCAGUGCGGGGGUGCUGCUCACGGUGCCGAUACCCCACAUCAAGCCAUCCACACUGAGAAUGUCGCAGGCGCCCGUAGUAACUGGUAUACCACACGGUCACACUGGCCACGUGCGAUUCCUCACCUGCGUGGAGAUCGCUAGUCCACCAAAGAGCGAACCUCGACCCAAGGUCAAUCGCUACUCGCUCAAGGGAAGCAAGUCUCUGAUGGGUCAGCACAGCAGUAGUCUCAGCAGUUCAGGUAGUACCACGAGCAGCGGCUCCGGCGGUGCCGAACGCGGACGCUUACUUGUUAUAUCCGGAGGCGACGGCUACGAGGACUUCCGAGGACCUCAGGCCUCCGCCGAGCUGCAGGCUGGUCGCGAUGAUUCGACCAACCAUUUGCUGCUCUGGAAGGUUUGAUAGGGGCUAAAGCGACAGGGUCCAGGGAUGGAUCCCGGUGAUGAAAUUGACAGUGCCAGCGAAAGCGCGAUGGGGCAUGGUACGCCGACGCGCUCACGCACGACUUUGCGUCAGCAGCAGCAGCAGACGCUCGAGGAAGAUUUUCGACAACGCAGACGACGGGCUCUUCGCGACAGGCGAUCAACCCUCCAAGCUACCCGCCGGGAGUAUCACUCCUCCACGCGAUAAACAAGCGGCCUACAGACCGCCGCUGCUCUGGAUACCCAUAGCAAGCGGUUUUCUCUUUAUCUCUAUACAUAUAGAUUCUUCGCGCUCUUUUGUUUUGCUCUCGUUCCGUUAUGGGAUACGGAGACAAUAAAGUUUCUUUGUGGCAGUAGUGCGAAAGCAACAGUUGUCGAGGAAUCACAUCUGCGUUAUAGGACACGAUUGUCCAUACUUGAAGGCGUAACCUUGCGCGUAGUCAGACUGUGAAUGACGUUUUCUAUGAGUGUUUACCGAGGUGUCGUCGUGAGGUUUUUUUUCGAUUUGAACGGCAACUAUAUAGUCAGUUAAUCAUUGGUCUGUAUACUGUUCGGUGUUCGAAGAGAGAUGCAUUACCACGGAGUUAACGCAGUGUCAGCAGUAUUUCAAUAUUCGACGAUGAUGUAUUGCGUAAUCUCUGCAUAAUACACUAAAAGCUUAAAAUGAAGAAAAAUAUCUGUGAUGUCUCAUAGAGUUCGAUUGCGUACUUAGAAUCGAGGAUGAACCCAGUUUUGGUCGUCGCAUCAAGCAAUUUUCUAUACCGAGACAUUGUACUUCAGACAGGAACGCUUACACCCACUGUGAAUGUGUAACGAAAGACAAAAAGUAAAUUCGAAAUUCCCGUACCAAAACUGUGGCAUUUGUUCUAAGCUAACUGUAUACGCGAACGUUGACAUGCCUCUUAAAAUAAUUCUGCUUCGCUGUCAAAUAUUAUUUCUGUGCAUCGAGACUUUUGUAUUUUUGGUGAUCCAUCGAAAAAGGAGACACAUUUUAUAUUUGUUGAAUCGAAUGAAGCUGCUUCGCCAAAUGCCGGCGAAACGAUUCUUUGUAUUUGUUGGUAAAUUGAGAAGUUUUCGUUCAGAUGAUAACGAGUCUGAAGAAGCAUAAUAUACAUACGGCGUGUAUAACGUGUUCCUUGUAUGCCAUUAAACGCUGUGUAUUACGAGUUUUUUUUUAAGUACCUGAAGGGAGUUGACGGUAUACCGAGCUUACACGUAGAUAGCCAAAUCACGAACUGUCGUUUCGUGUAUAUUUUCAAAUGACGUAACGCGCGCCUAAAUUAUGAAUCGAAGUGGAUACGUUAUAAAGCAUCGUACCUAUCGCAGGACGAACAAGUGCCAAAAUCUACGUUUAUAUAUGUGUAAAUAAUACGACAUUUUUGAAAAAUAGCAUAUCGAUAUACGUAAAUCAAGCGACCUUCGCUUCGAAUGAUUUGCAAAUCUGCAAUUGUGCAAGGACAGUUUAUUUUUAACGAGUUAUCGUAGAAAACUACUAGAACUUUUCUUUCCGCUUUAUGGAUUUUAUCUUUGGACCUAAAAUAAUCAAUACACACGAACUACUGAUAUACACUACUAAGAUGAUUAAACAAUCAGCAUGAUUUUUCGAAGAUUACUAAGCAAAUGGAUAUAUGAAACCUAUAUACGCGUAAAUGUAUCGAUAAAACUUGCUUAAGCUGUAAAUACAUGAUAAUUCUUUGAGCAGAGGACGAUUUUUAGUAGCUUUUCAUCGACUAAAUAAAAUUAUUAUACAUGUACGUGUACUUGAGCCAGAUGAUUCGUUUCAACUAUAUGUAACGUAUUCACGUGUAACUCUAUAUGAAUUACAUUGACAGCAUGAAAUUUUUAUUGGUAUUUUUGUAACGUGAAUGUUAACAUUUGACAACAAAGCGUAGAUGCCCUUUUCAAAACCGUUUUCUUUGCAUCUGAUAGAUCAUUUGCGAUUUUGUACAUAACAAUUUAAGACACACUGCGUUCCGAAAAACAUUCUUACUCUUCUUUCGAUUUCGAAAAGAAGCUCUUACAUUGUUUUUCUUUUUUUUAUACAUACUCAAACUUUUGUUUAGAAUCUAAUGUAUAUUUAAUUGUGCACUUCUUUUGUACUUAAAAAGUACAUUAAAGAGAAUGAUUUAGUGUAGAGAGAUGAUUAUUACGAUUUUGUUGAAAUUAGCGAAGAAACCGUCGCGCAAAAGUUAAAUAGAAUUCUAACGAGAAGCAAAAUUUUGUACAUAGCGACGCGGAAGGACGGCUGCUCCAAUAUCGUUCGCGCCAGUUGAUUCGCAACUAGCGAGAAACAACUAUUCAAUAUGAAUAAUUUAACAAGUUUUCUCAACUCCCAUUAGUGAUCUGCCAUGAUUUAUCGUAACAACAGUACACUUCCUUUUUACGUUCUAACGCGGAGCAGGCAGGCCGAGUUUAUUGUAUAGUCGAAUGGAAAUGCGCAGCGAAUUUUUGUAUUUUGAAUAGAGAAGCGCGAUUGUUCAGCGAGAAAUGAGACGAGCUCGAUUAGAUCUAUAAUUGUCAAUUGUUGUGAAAUAUGUAAUUAUAGCAUUGAUGGUGUUAUCCACGUGUAUGUAUGAACCGGGUAUGUAUAUCGAGUUACGAGAAAAUCGCGGUAUAUUAUUUAUUACACACACAGUGCGUUAUGCAUGUUAUCGCGAUGCGAAGAAAAUUGUGGUAUAUAAUUCAUAAAGUUGAAUAAAACGACGGUACACACACACACAUAUAUAUAUAUAUAUAUAUAUUCAAUAUAAA